GGGCAGGCCGGGGGCGGGCCGGGGACGGGCGGGGAGGAGCCGCCUCGGGCUGUGUCCCUGGGAAGAGGCGGCGGUAGCGGAGGAGGAGGCGGCGCUCCAGCCGGGCGGGGGAGCUGCGGAGGGACCAGCGCGCCCGUGACCCCGCGACUCCCGGGAGGCCGAGCGUGGCCGCCGCGGACAAAGGAGCAUGUGGGCGCCACCGAGGGCGCGUCCUCCCGCCGCCCGGAGGCUCCGGGCGCCGCCAAUCCCGCGCCGCGCCCCCGUCCCGCCGCGCGCCGGGGCGGCCCGCUAGGCCCGCAGGCCCCGGCCCGCAGCAUGGAGCCGCCCGGGCGCCGCCGGGGCAGCCGCUCGCCGCCGCGGCUGCUGGAGCUGCUGGCGCUGCUGGCGCUGCUGGGGGGCGGCCGCGGAGCCGGGGCGCUGCCCCCCGGCUGCAAGUACGACGGACGGCCGCGAGGCAGCGGGCGGGCGGAGGGCAAGGUGGUGUGCAGCAGCCUGGAGCUCACGCAGGUCCUGCCCCCGGACGCGCUGCCCAACCGCACCGUCACCCUGAUUCUGAGUAACAAUAAAAUAUCUGAACUGAAGAACGGCUCCUUUUCUGGGUUAAGUCUUCUCGAAAGAUUAGACCUUCGGAACAACCUUAUAAGUAAUAUAGAUCCAGGUGCCUUCCGGGGGCUGUCAUCACUGAAAAGAUUGGAUCUGACCAACAAUCGAAUAGGAUGCCUGAACGCAGACAUAUUUCGAGGACUCAACAAUCUUGUUAGGCUAAACCUUUCAGGGAAUUUAUUUUCUUCACUAUCUCAAGGCACGUUUGAUCAUCUUGGCUCAUUACGGUCUUUAGAAUUUCAGACCGAGUACCUGUUGUGUGACUGUAACAUUUUGUGGGUGCACCGCUGGGUGAGGGAGAGGAACAUCACGGUGCGGGACACACGCUGUGUUCACCCCAAGUCUCUGCAGGCCCAGCCAGUCACAGGGGUGAAGCAGGAGUUGCUGACGUGCGAUCCUCCCCUUGAAUUACCAUCUUUCUAUAUGACUCCAUCUCAUCGACAAGUUGUGUUUGAAGGAGACAGCCUUCCCUUCCAGUGCAUGGCUUCCUAUAUUGAUCAGGACAUGCAAGUGCUGUGGUAUCAGGAUGGGCGGAGAGUUGAAACUAAUGAAUCCCAAGGUAUCUUUGUUGAAAAGAACAUGAUUCACAACUGCUCGUUGAUUGCAAGUGCCCUAACCAUUUCUAAUAUUCAGGCUGGAUCAACCGGAAAUUGGGGCUGUCAUGUCCAGACCAAACGUGGCAACAAUACGAGAACUGUGGACAUUGUGGUGCUGGAAAGUUCUGCUCAGUACUGCCCUCCUGAGAGGGUAGUCAACAAUAAAGGAGAUUUCAGAUGGCCCAGGACGUUGGCUGGCAUCACUGCUUAUCUGCAGUGUUCUCGUAAUACCCACGGCAGUGGCAUCUAUCCUGGAAGUUCACAGGAUGAGAGAAAGGCGUGGCGUCGCUGUGACAGAGGUGGCUUUUGGGCAGAUGAUGAUUAUUCUCGCUGUCAGUACGCCAACGAUGUCACUCGAGUUCUCUACAUGUUUAACCAGAUGCCCCUCAAUCUUACCAAUGCUGUGGCCACAGCCCGACAAUUACUGGCUUACACCGUGGAAGCAGCCAACUUUUCUGACAAGAUGGAUGUUAUAUUUGUGGCUGAAAUGAUCGAAAAAUUUGGAAGAUUUACCAAAGAGGAAAAGUCAAAAGAGCUAGGUGAUGUGAUGGUUGACAUUGCAAGUAACAUCAUGUUGGCUGAUGAGCGUGUCCUGUGGCUGGCACAGAGGGAAGCCAAAGCCUGCAGUCGGAUUGUUCAGUGUCUUCAACGUAUCGCCACCUACCGACUGGCAAAUGGAGGUCAUGUGUAUUCAACAUACUCACCCAAUAUUGCUCUGGAAGCUUACGUCAUCAAGGCUGCUGGUUUCACUGGGAUGACCUGCACCGUCUUCCAGAAAGUGGCCGCCUCAGACCGCACGGGCCUUUCGGAUUUUGGCAGGCGGGAUCCAGAUGGGAGCCUCGACAAACAGCUGAGCUUCAAGUGCAAUGUUUCCAACACGUUUUCAAGUCUGGCACUAAAGAAUACCAUUGUGGAAGCUUCCAUUCAGCUCCCUCCUUCCCUUUUCUCACCCAAGCAAAAAAGAGAAGUCAGACUAACCGAUGACUCUCUCUACAAACUCCAACUUAUCGCCUUUCGCAACGGAAAGCUUUUCCCAGCCACCGGGAAUUCAACACAUUUGGCUGAUGAUGGGAAACGGCGCACCGUGGUCACCCCUGUGAUCCUCACCAAAAUAGAUGGCGUGACACUAGACACACACCAUGUCCCCGUUAAUGUGACCUUGCGCCGAAUCGCACACGGAGCAGAUGCCGUGGCUGCCCAGUGGGAUUUCGGCCUGCUGAAUGGACAGGGAGGCUGGAAGUCAGAUGGGUGUCAUAUCCUGUACUCCGAUGAAAAUAUCACCACCAUUCAAUGCUACUCCCUUAGUAACUAUGCAGUUCUGAUGGACCUGACAGGAUCUGAACUGUACACCCAGGCAGCCAACCUCUUGCACCCUGUUGUUUAUACCACUUCCAUCAUUCUUCUCCUGUGCCUCCUGGCAGUGAUUGUCAGCUACAUCUACCAUCACAGCUUGAUAAGAAUCAGUCUCAAGGGCUGGCAUAUGCUCGUGAACUUGUGCUUUCAUAUAUUCUUAACCUGUGUGGUCUUUGUGGGGGGAAUAACCCAAACCAGACAUGCCAGUAUUUGCCAGGCGGUUGGAAUCAUUCUUCACUAUUCCACUCUUGCUACAGUCCUGUGGGUGGGAGUGACUGCUCGGAAUAUUUAUAAACAAGUCACCAAAAAAGCCAAAAGAUGCCAGGAUCCUGAUGAACUGCCACCGCCACCCAGACCCAUGCUCAGGUUUUACCUGAUUGGUGGGGGUAUCCCCAUCAUAGUCUGUGGCAUUACGGCGGCAGCAAACAUCAAGAAUUAUGGCAGUCGGCCAGAUGCGCCUUAUUGCUGGAUGGCGUGGGAGCCCUCUUUGGGAGCCUUCUAUGGGCCAGCCGGCUUCAUCACUUUUGUAAACUGUAUGUAUUUUCUAAGUAUAUUUAUUCAGUUGAAGAGACACCCUGAACGGAAGUAUGAGCUCAAAGAGCCCACGGAGGAGCAGCAGAGGCUGGCGGCCAAUGAAAAUAGCGAAGUGAACCAUCAGGACUCCCUGUCUCUCUCUUUGAUUUCCACUUCAGCUUUGGAAAACGAACACACCUUCCACGCUCAGCUUUUGGGAGCUGGCCUGGCUUUGGUUUUAUUCGCCUCCCUGUGGUUGUUUGGAGCCCUGGCUGUGUCCUUGUAUUACCCUUUAGACUUGGUGUUCAGCUUCUUUUUCGGAGCCACGUGUCUGAGCCUCAGCGCCUUCCUGGUGGUUCACCACUGCGUCAACCGCGAGGACGUGCGACUGGCCUGGAUCAUGGCCUGCUGCCCGGGCCGCAGUUCCUACUCCGUGCAGGUCAACUCCACGCAGCCCCCCAACUCUGCAGGAUCGAACGGAGAGCCCCCCAAGUGCACCAACAGCAGCGCUGAGUCGUCAUGCACCAACAAAAGCGCCUCCAGCUUCAAAAACUCCUCCCAGGGCUGCAAGCUGACCAACUUGCAGGCGGCUGCUGCACAGUGCUACAGCAGCUCGCUGCCUUUGAACUCCACACCACAGCUGGACACCAGCCUGACCGAGCACUCCGUGGACAAUGACAUCAAGAUGCACGUGGCCCCCUUGGAAGUGCAGUUCCGCAGCAGCGUGCAUGCCAGCCGCCACCACAAGAACAGAAGCAAAGGCCACCGGGCCAGCAGGCUCACGGUCCUCCGAGAAUAUGCCUACGACGUCCCCACCAGCGUGGAGGGCAGCGUGCAGAACGGCUUCCCCAAAAGCCGCCAGGGCCCCAGUGAAGGCCAUUCCAGGAGUCGUAGGGUCUAUCUGGCCCACCGUGAGAGGCAGUACAACCCACCCCCGCAAGACAGUAGCGACGCCUGCAGCACUCUGCCCAAAAGCAGCAGCAGGGACUUUGAAAAGCCUCUUUCCACCAGCAGCAAGAAGGAUGCUCUGAGGAAGCCCAUCUCAGUGGAACUGGAGAGUCAGCAGAAGUCUUAUGGCCUCAACUUGGCUGUCCAGAAUGGACCGAUUAAAAGCAGCGGGCAGGAAGGACCUUCGCCUGGGACAGGAGGCACUGGCCAUGUCAGGACUGGGUUAUGGAAACAUGAAACUACUGUGUAGUGUCAGUGGACUCCUGAGGCAGAGAGCUGUACAAUCUGUGAUUUCCACAUUCUUCCAGGCUCUGAACAGGCGGAAAAAAAACUGUUUACAGUCCCCCUUCGGGAUUCAAAGGAGUGUUGAGUAAACCUCUUUUAAGUUUCGGAUUUUAUGUAUUUUAUACCCCCUUCCCUUUUUUUUUUUAAUGGAUUAAAAGGAAAAAAAAAAAAAAAGAAAACCUUGUUUUAAUUAUCAAAACACCAGCAGGACAUUUUGAGACUCUGAAAUGUAAUUUUUUGGGAUCUGUGAUAUUUCACAAAAAGUUUGGGCCUGUUUUCUGUACAAUAAGCAGACGUGUGUCCUUGUGUCUGUUGUAUAUUUUGAUAUCCUACCACAGAAGCGCUGCGAUUCCGUCAGAAUGAAGUUUUGUGCAUUGGGAUAUUUUAAUAAUAAAUUAGUUAUUAGGCUAAUAGAA